AUUUUUUUUAACAACUAUUUGUAGUUCUUUUCUGCUACAAUUAUUACUGUAAGGAUUUUUUUGUUUAUCUUACUCUCUUAAUAUAUUUUCAUUGGAAUUCCUCUGUAAGAAAGAACUAUUCCUUAUUCCCGUUUACUUAUUUAUUUAAUUAUUGAUAUGGGUAUGGGUUCAUGAAUAUUUAUUUUAUUCUUUGAAUUAAGUGCAGUACUGUUUUUAUUUUAUUUAUCAAAUUCUUUUUAUUGGCUUACUCAUUUAAAUAGUGUUGACUGGUUAUCUACUUUGUGCCAAACAGUGUAACAGUUGUCACACUUUGUCUGUUUAACCACUGAAAUAGUCCUGAAGGAAGAAUGUUACUAUUCACGUUUUAUCAACAGUAAAAUUGAAUCUCAGAAGGGACAUACACUAGUUCAAACAGAAGAAUUGGAAGUCAAACCCAGGUCUCCUGUUUCACUUCAAGACACCAACUGGUCUGUUUGGAGACUCAGGCAUAUACAGCAAAUAAGAGAUAUUAAAGCAAACAGAUCCCACAUGAAAUUCCACAUUCAAAUUUUGUGAAGUGUCAAACAAGCCUCAGAGCCUAGCAAAUAGAAGUCCAGCAAAUCUCACACUCUGGCACACUAGUAACUUGCCGCUCAUGCACCUCCGCAGACCGAAAGCCACACAGAAGAACUGAGGGAAAAGUUUGCCAUUAUCAACGAUCCUGACUAGAGCCCAGCAAGUUAAAGGAAAGAGAAAAAAGAGCCAUCAUAGAAUGAAAUUUUAUCCAAACUAUGCCUAACCUUACCUACUAUUUUUAUUCCUUUAACCCUAACAAGUGAGAUGUUCUCAGUCACAAGUAAAAAAGAAAAUGGAUCACAUCUUUCAAAUACUAGCAUUCAACUGUCAAGUGACAUGUCUUAGACUAAUCUGGAAAAAAGUAUAUCAAGCACGAUUUUUUGAAUUAACAAAUCUGCAAAUUAAGACAUUGCAAUCUAUUUCUGUUAGAAUCCAGACCAAUCCACCAAACUGCUACUGACUUGCCAAAACCAAAAAAAAAGAGAUCGUUAUGAACAUUAUAUUUGUGAGUGUCCCCCAAACUUCCAGAUUCUGUAUUCAUAUGUAGUAUAUUUACAGCUAAUAGGAAAAGACAAUAAGAUAUAAGGCAACUUCAAAUAUAAAAUAUGGCUUAUAACGCCUGAGAAGGCUGACUACACAUUGGGUUAAAGAAAAAUGAAGGCAAAAAUUUAUAAAAUCACUCAACAAAUUUCUAAUGACACCAUAGCACAACAGCUGCUAACAAACUGUCACAUAAGUACCAGUCUAGAAGUAUUCUCAGACAGGCAAUUUUGUCCCACAAGGGACAUUUCCAAUAUUUGGAAAUAUGUUUGGUUGCCACAACUGUAGGGGGAGGGGUUACAACUGGCAUCUAGAGGGGAUUGUGACUGACAUUACCAGGUAGAUGCCAGGGAUGCAGUUAAACAUUCUGCAAUGCUAUAGUAUAGCUCCAACAAAGAAAUACCUGACUCAAAAUGUCAGUAGUGCUGAGGAGACCUGUUCUGGAGAUAUUGAAAACAAGGCAUACGAAGUUUACUUGCAAACUUAAAAUAGAUUUAUUUAGAAGAAAUAGGUGAAUAUAAUAUAUCUGAUUAUAGCUCCAGAAUGUUGCACCAGAAGUGUGCAGUGCCUAUGAUGACUAAUUUUCAUGUGUCCACUUGACCAGGCCACAGGGUACCCAGAUAGUUGAUCAAAUAUUAUUCUGAGUAUUUCUAUGAGGAUAUUUUGGAAUGAAAUUAACAUUUAAAUUGGUGGACUGCCCUCUGUCGUGAGUGGGCCUCAUGCCAUCAGUUGAAGACCUGAAUAGAACCAAAGGCUGACCCUCCCCCAUGUCUGAGAAUUCUCCUGCCUGACACUUUCUAACGGAAACACUGGCUCUUCCUAACUCUUAUAAGGCUUUGGCCUGCAGACUUCAACUGGGACAUUGCAGUUUCUGCAGAUUCUCUAUAAUCAUUCUCCUACAGGACCAACAUGGAGAAGGAAUUCCAACAUCACCUCUCCAGAAUGCCAGAGAACUCAGCCAUAAAGCAACAAAAGCUGCCUGCCCACCGGCUCCACUUCUCAAACCAGGCAAUCUUCACUAUAUUUUUUGCCACAGGAGCAUUCUGCUUUUGCAUAGGUAUCAUCCUUUUAUUGUCUGCAUGGAAAGUUCAGGAAAUAGAGAUUAAUUACACAAACAUUUGUGAAGAUUGUGCUAAAAUGCGGGAAAAUGCCUUAAAUUUUGACAAACAAUGCACCUGCUCCAUUCCCUUCAACCUUCAAAAGACUAUGAAGGGUGAUGUUUAUAUGUACUACAAAUUGUAUGGCUUCUAUCAGAACCUCUAUCGCUAUGUCCUAUCCAGAAGUCAUAACCAACUGAUGGGUAAGGAUGUAAGGGAUGUUAAGGACUGUGCUCCAUUCAAAGUGACCUCCAAUAAGAUCCCCAUUGCUCCCUGCGGUGCUAUUGCCAACAGCAUGUUCAAUGAUACCAUAAUCCUUUCAUAUAUCCGUUCAACAUCUGAACAUAUCCAAGUUCCAAUGCUAAAGACUGGACUUACAUGGUGGACAGAUAAGUACGUCAAAUUUCAGAAUCCAAGUUUCAGAAAUCUUUCUGAUCAUUUUGUAGGAACUGAAAAGCCCCCAUACUGGCAGGAGCCCAUCUAUGAGCUGGACACAAGUGAUCCAGGAAACAAUGGUUUCCUCAAUGAUGACUUCAUUGUGUGGAUGCGGACCGCUGCCUUUCCUACCUUCAAGAAACUAUACCGUCGGCUCUAUCGAGUAAAAUAUUUUUCUGAUGGCUUACCUGCUGCAAGUAUAUGAAUAUCUCUGACAGGGGAGUGGUGGCUUCAGAAAUGUCCCUGCUAAUGUGACAACAUCUCUGCCUCCUAGCUUUUUGCCUCCUUUUGUAGUCAUUUGCCUUUAGCCAGUUCCUUUAGCAGGGUCUCUAAUUCUAUUCUAUGUACAUAAAAGCCACAAAUGGCCUCUCUUGUGGAGCGUUAUAGGACAGAUGCUGUCAUGUAUAACUGAUGAGAACAAACAAAAAAUAAAUUUUAAAAAGAGUAAAUCGUAGAAAAUUACCUUUUAAGGGAAAUGUCAGCAAAACCCCUUUCUGCCUCAAAAAAUUUAAGUGAGAUAGGAAGUUGCUUGACAAUUGCCUCUCAAGUUGGACCCCUGAUCUUAACUUGUGACUGCCUUACCAGUAAAGUAGUUAUAACUGCAUUCAAGAAGUUGGAGGUGGGGGAGGUACUGCUGCCCGCGUAAUGCAUUGUGACGAGUUGGAGCUGGGAGAUGAGGCAGGAAGGCCAUGUUCCAAACAAGGGACACCACUGUUCCUCCUCUCUCUCUCUGGUUUCCAUCAUUCUCAGUCAUGUUUUAAUGCUGAUCAUUCUCAAGUCUUCCCCAUAGACCUUCAAUCCUGAGCUUCAGGACUACCAUUGUACUACCUGGGGUGGCCCUACUGUGAAUAUUAACCAAGCAACCCAGGGGUCUGGCUGAAAGGCAAGAAAACCAGCCUGGGCUGCAGACAAUAGCCACUACUAAUAGAAAAUAUGAUGUUCUCUAUGUGAGGGAGGGACCCCUCCCCACACCAAAUGGAAAUGAGUGAGAAGACAGGCAUGCAGAGGGGUUUAGGUGGCACUCAGGAACCUGGUGACAAUGAGAAAGUCUGAUGUAGAAGAAAAGAGAGAACUAGUUUCCUAACAUGUUUCCUUGUGCCUUUAAAUAGCGUGUUGCCAAGUGAUUUGAGGCCUUUUAAGAGCUUUGCUGGGAAAUACCUCUGUCCUCUGCUGUUGCUAUGAGAAAUCUUUGUUUGUUUAUUAGUUUCAUUUACAGAAGGCACCAGAUGUUUAAAAACCUCAGGCCACAUACAUAAUCAAAAUGACAUCAUUAAAAUGCUAAUGAUAGCAAACCCACUUCAAACACUUUCUCCCCAGCAGUGGGGAUGCUGGCCUUUACACUCCCCAAACAAAUGCACCAUCUUUAAUUUUCCCAUCAAAAAUGCUUUGCCAUCUAUCUUAUUAUCUUACUUACUUUUUUUCCCCCUUAAAUCCUCCCCCUUAAAUCCUUUCCCCUGAAGCAGGAAUUCAAAGUUUAGCCUAUUAAGGAACUUAACCUCCCCUGGAUCUCUUGAUUCAUAAAUAAAAAUUUAGGUUUGCUGUAUAUGACUUUAACUUCCUUGGAUUCCUCAGAGUAAGUGAAAUACGUUUGGCCAUUAUUCAGCUGUCUGAAAAGUCAUUCAGAUUAUGACUAUAUCGAAGCUAGGCUUGUUUUUACUUAAUUUUAUUCCAACGAGACGCAGAAUACUUCUUGAUCAUGUUGAAUCAUAUGAAACUGAAUAUUAAACCAUUUGUUUUACCUACAAAACAGCAAUUCUAUAUGAUUUAACCUAACAUAUUCUAUGUAUGCAAUGGUAGAGACGAAAGGUACUGUGAAGGAUCCUUAAUGGGUCUUCUUAGAUUUUCCAGUAACCAAGUUCCAAGGAGAAAAAGCUGUCAUCCUUUCCACACUGACAUGGAAUGGAGGUAGCAGCAUUUUCUUGGGACUUGCCUACACAGUGACAGGAGUAUU